AUGUCCAAGCUCCCGCAAGGCUACGGGCCCACGGCCAAGAACUUGGCGCUGGUGUCCGACCAGGUCCUGGCGAUCUCUCUGCCGUGGUUCAAAGCAGAAGAUUGGACCAGUCUCGCGGCGGUGGCCGGCAAGAACAGGUACGCCAGACCGCGCAUUUUCCCACAUCCCACCAUCAAAAUCUUCAAGGGGCGCGACCCUAUUGUUGAAAAAAUCAUCAAUAAUACACUCGUCCCCAAUAAGUGUGAAUUCACUCCUAACAGCCUCUUAAUGAUGAUCUUGACUGGACAUAAUUGGGGCGGUAAGUUGGUGACCACAAAGAUGAGUGGAUGCAUUGUGCUCCUGGCCCAAAUGGGAAGUUUUGUGCCGGCCAAACGCGCAACAGUUGGGCUCUUUGACGGCUGCUACACCCGGAUGGGCAUGUCUGAGGAACUGGCCCAGGGCCAAAGCGCGUUCAUGGUCAAGAUCAUCAACGCUGCAAAGAUCCUCUGGAUGGCCAUCCCGCGCCCCUUGGUCAUCAUUGAUGAGCUCAGCUACGGCAGCAGUACUUAUGACGGAGUCGCUAUCCCCAAUGCAGUCCUUGACCAUCUUGCCUCCAUCUGCUGCUUUUUUUCCUCUCUUUACCAUUCACUCUCAAUCUCUGUCCCUUACUCAUAUUUCUCCGGGUUGUUAGACUGUAUUCAUUACCCAUUAUCCUCAAUGGAAUGA